GUUCGGGCUCACCGCUGUCGAAAUGUGUGGGGACAGAAGCCGGUGCGAACAUCAGUUUCUCCUCGUGAAGUUUAUGCUAUUGAGCCAAGGGUCGCUAUGGGCGAAAUGAGAACCAUGGUUCUACCGUUGUCGACUUGUGGAGUGCUGACGGUGCGAUUCAACGGUGUCCCACUUUAAAUCUUCCCCAAAUUUCAGUCUUGUCUCGACAUAUAUAAGAAGCUUCCAAUACCUUCUUUUCUUUCCUCAUCUCAUCAUCACUUACAUUCUUUUCCAUACUGUCUAGUACAUUCACUCUUUACAUUCCUUAAAUAAACAACUCUACUAGCCAAUAUGGUUCACAUUCUUUCCUCGGCCUUGAGCCUCCUUGCGCUGGGCGCAGCUGUGUCUGCCAUGCCUGCACCUGCACCAACUGCUGCACCAAACGCUGCCGAUGCUCUUGCAGCAGUCGAGAGGAGGGCCGGUUCCUGCACUUUCUCCGGAUCCGGCGGUGCCGCUGCUGUCCUCAAGUCCAAGGCUUCCUGCGCAACCAUCGUCCUCAGCGCCCUCGCUGUUCCAUCCGGAACCACUCUUGACUUGACCGGCCUCAAAUCUGGUACCCAAGUCACCUUCGAGGGUACCACCACCUUCGGUUACGAAGAGUGGUCCGGCCCUCUCGUCUCCGUCUCCGGAACUGACAUCACUGUUACCGGUGCCUCCGGAAGCGUUCUCGAUGGUAACGGAGCCAAAUACUGGGAUGGCAAGGGUUCCAACGGUGGAAAGACUAAGCCAAAGUUCUUCUACGCUCACUCCUUGAAGGGCAAGUCCUCCAUCAACAACGUCAAGAUCGUGAACUCCCCAGUCCAAGUUUUCUCCAUCAACUCUGCCACGGGUCUUAAACUCACUGGUAUCACCAUCGACAACUCUGCUGGUAACUCCCUCGGACACAACACUGAUGCUUUCGAUGUUGGAUCUUCCACUGAUGUCACCAUCUCCGGCGCCAACGUUCAAAACCAAGAUGACUGUCUCGCUAUCAACUCCGGUACCGGCAUCACCUUCACCGGUGGAACCUGCUCCGGUGGUCACGGUCUCUCCAUCGGAUCCGUCGGUGGACGUUCCGACAACGUUGUCUCUGACAUUACCAUUGAAUCCUCCACUGUCAAGAACUCAGCCAACGGUGUCCGCAUCAAGACUGUUUCCGGUGCCACUGGAACCGUCUCCGGCGUUACCUACAAGGACAUCACCCUCUCCGGUAUUACCUCAUACGGUGUUGUCAUCGAGCAAGAUUACGAGAACGGUUCCCCAACUGGAAAGCCAACCUCCGGUGUUCCCAUCACUGGUGUCACUCUCUCCAACGUUCACGGUACCGUCACUUCCUCCGCUACCAACGUUUACGUUCUCUGCGCCAAGUGCUCUGGCUGGACCUGGGAUGUUAAGGUUACUGGUGGUAAGACCUCCACCAAGUGCGCUGGUCUCCCAACUGGUGUCAAGUGUUAAAUACUUUAACACGGCUACUUUCAAACACUGGAUUCCACUAGGAAAUCAAUUGUAGAGGGAGAAUGGGGAGAAAGGGGUUCGAGCCGGCUGCACCCAGUUGUCAAUUCUUUGUACAUAUAGCUUCUCUUGUCACACAUAGACUGUUUAAACACUUGUAAUCGAAUUGAUUUGAUUACCACCAAAACUUGUUCCUUUUUAAUAAUGAGUCUUCUUCGUGACUUUGCUCUGUGUCCAUUUCCAACUUCCAGUUCCUGUUGUUUUAACCGUUUUCUUUACUAGGACAGACAGUAAUUGAUCAUC